AUGCGCCCGUGCAUCCCCAAACCCACCUUCGCCUUCUGCCACGCGCUCCUCGCCUCCCGCCUCCUCCCCACCGCCGCCUCCCCAACCGCGCAGCUCCUCUCCGUCCAGGCCCUCCUCGUCACCGCCGGCCUGCUCCCGCGCCACCCGGACCUCGCCCUCCUCGCGCUCAACUCGCUCCUCCACGCGCUCUCCCGCCGCGCCGCGUGCCCCGCCCACCCGCGCCUCGCGCUCCGCCUUCUCCGCCUCAUGCUCUCCCCCACCACUCCCCCGGCGUUCCCCGCCCCGGACCACCUCUCCUUCCCCUUCGCGCUCUCCGCCGCCGCCGCGCUCGACGCCGCCCCGGACCCCUCCUCCUCCUCCUCCCCCUCCGCGGCCGGGCCGCAGCUCCACGCGCUGCUCGUCAGGAACGCGCUGUUCCCGGCCGACCACUACGUCACGACCGCGCUGCUGCAGCUGUACUCGCCCCGCCCGGACCUCGCGCGGAGGGUGUUCGACGAGCUGCCGCGUCGUGAGGCGAUCCACUACGACCUGCUCAUCGGCUCGUACGCGCGCGCGGGGGCGCCUGCCGAGGGACUCGCGGUGUUCCGUGCCAUGUUCGCCGCCGCCGCCGCCGACGGGGUGGACCCGGACGCGGUGGUGCUGACCACGGCCGUGGCGGCGUGCGCGCAGGCGGGGGCGCUGGACCUCGGCGCGUGGGUGCACCGCUACGUGGAGCGCGCCGCGCCGGGGCUCCUCGCCGACGCCUUCCUCGGGUCCGCGCUCGUCGGCAUGUACGCCAAGUGCGGGUGCCUGGACGAGGCGGUGCGGGUGUUCGACGGCAUGCCCGAGCGGAACGCCUACGUGUGGGGCACCAUGGUGAGCGCGCUCGCGGUGCACGGGAUGGCGGCGGAAGCCGUCGCGUGCCUGGACAGGAUGGCGCGGGAGGACGGGGUGCGGCCGGACGGCGUCGCCGUGCUCGGUGCGCUGUCCGCGUGCGCGCACGCCGGGAACGUCGAGGAAGGGCUGCGCCUGCUCAGGGAGAUGCGGCCCCGCUACGGCGUCAUGCCCGGGCACGAGCACUAUAGCUGCGCGGUCGACAUGCUCUGCCGGGUCGGGCGGCUCGAGGACGCGGUGGGGCUCGUCGAGACCAUGCCGAUGGCCCCGCUCGCGUCCGUGUGGGGCUCCGUGCUAGCUGGCUGCCGGAGCUACGGCAACGUCGAGCUGGCGGAGGUGGCGGUGCGUGAGCUCGAGAAGCUUGGUGGCACUGCCGAUGAGGGCGUGUACGUGCAGCUGUCCAACAUCUACCUCGAUGCCAACCGCAAGGAUGACGCGCGUAGGGUGCGGAAGCUGAUCGGCAGCCGGGGGAUCAAGAAGGUCCCCGCGUAUAGCGCCGUGGAGGUGGACGGCGAGGUGAGCUCGUUCGUUGCCGAUGACCAAGCGCACCCGCGGCGAUUUGAGAUUUGGGAGGUGCUCCGGCUGCUAGCCGACCAGAUGACGCAGAAACCAAAGGAAGAAGAAUUUAUUGAAUUUGUUUGCAUGCUCUCAAGAAUGUAA